UGUCGAUCGUUCUGCUUGCCAUUGAGCAUUGAGAAGAUGGCGUCCCGUAGCCAUGUGGAUGUAAAUGAACGGCGAUUGCGGCCAAUAUAUGACUGCCUCGACAAUGGCAAUAACAAAAAAGCCAUCCAAGAGGCAGACAAAGUGCUGAAGAAACAGAAGGACCUGACAUGUGCAAAGGUGCUGAAAGCUCUGGCUUUGCUGCGCAUGGGCCGUGUAUCAGAGGGCUCCUCCAUGUUGACCGCCAUCCACGCCUCGGAGCCCACGGACGAGCAGACGCUGAGUGCCAUGGCUAUCUGCUACAAGGAGACACAACAGUAUCCCCUGAUUGCGAGCCUCUAUGAAGCAGCAGCGCGGCAUCAGCCGGCCAAUGAGGAUAUUCUGUCGUGUCUAUUUAUGGCUCAUGUUCGGCUCGGCAACUACCAGCAGCAGCAGCGCACAGCCAUGAUGCUCCACAAGCUGAGGCCGGCGAAGAACCCGUACUAUUUCUGGGCGGUCAUGAGUAUUGUGAUGCAGGCUCACAAAGACCGUGCGCUUGGACUCAGCAUGUACCUCCCUCUGGCAGAAAAGAUGACGCAGAAGUACAUCAAGGAAGAAAAGAUUGAGGCAGAAGCAGAGAUCUUGUUGUACCUCAUCAUUCUGGAACUGGAAGAAAAGUGGGAGGAAGCGCUGGCAGUUCUGGAAGGUCCCAUGGGAGGACAACUUGGCAACGAACUCAACCUGCGCGAGACGCGCCUGGCCGCCGUGUGCACCAAGCUGCUCAAGUGGGACACGGUCAACAGCAUCUACAAACAGCUCCUGGAUGUCACGCCCGACGACUGGCACUUCUGGCUCAAGUACCUGGACGCGGGCUUUGAAAUGGUGGACAGUGGCUUCGAGCCGGACCAGGACACGAGCGAAGGCGGCCAGCGAGCGGACCACACGGUGGAUCUGAUGCGAGAGUUUGUGGAGGGGAAGAUCGCCGGUAUGGAGCCCGCCGUCCUGUUGAGGGGGCCCUUCCUGGCACAACUACAGCUGCUCAAGCUUGUCACCUCUCGAAACUUGGACGUCGCGCCGUCUGUUGGAAGUGCCUUGCAGCUGCUCAAAGAGUACUUUGACAAGUUUGGUCACAAGUUCUGUUGUUUUGGAGACAUGACGCUGUUCUUAGAUCUCCUAAACAGCUCAGAAACAGAUGAGCUCUUGUCUCACAUCCAAGGGUCGGUGGGUCUAGAUGAGUCUGAGGGGGAGGAUCUGCUGUUUGCCAAGGAUAUCAGUCAGAUGACCCGUCACAUGGUCUCGGUACAACUGUCGCGACGGGCCGGCAAACACCACCUCAUGUCCUCGGAGGCCCGCCUGGCACUGUCUCAACAGCUCCAGCUACGUUAUCGCCAGGGGCUCAGUUUUGGUCGUGAGCUCCUCCAGACAGAUUUGCAAUACAGUGAUAACUACCUGCUCAUGGCCGUCCAUUUGUUGCUGGACGAGUGGUCGCUCACAGGAGAUGACGUGUAUGUCUGGAGGGCCGUGGUUCACCUAGAGCUGGGCAUCCGAGAGAGUCCGGCCAAUUUCCAGUUCAAACUUCUACUCAUCCGGCUGUACUGCAUCAAAGGUGUGUUUGGGCCGUGCCCUGCUCUCUACGAUGCCAUGGAAAUGAAGCAUAUCAUCAACGACACUAUGGGGUACAUUGUAUCCAACCACGUGGUGCGGCUGGGUCACAUGAUGGAGGCAGGAACGAUGUACAGCACAAUGGUUCGGUUCUUCUUGGUCAACCAGAAAGAGGCUUCCGAGCACCUCAUGUCCUCCUACAAGUUUGGGUCUUUUGGUCGAAUCCAGGAAUUUGUGGAGUUCCAAGACCGCCUGGAUCGCUCCCUCCAGUUCCAGAGCGCCCACACGGAGAAGAUGUUGCUGGACCUGAUGUUGCAGACGGACUGCCACGAGGCGGUGGAAGCGGCGGCCGACUGUAUCGCCACGCAGACCAAGCACAUACAGUGUGACGAAGUGGUCGACAAUCGGGACUUGGCGAUCGCACUAUGCUGGGAUCCUCCCUCUCGACUCAAACCAGAGCAAUACAGGGAGGACUCAUUAGCAGAAGAAAAAUGCUGGCUGCAGCUGCGUCAGUUGGAGCUGCAGCUGUUGCUGUCGGCCGUGGCCGCCGGCCUGGAGAUGUCGGGAGCGGCGGGCCUCAACGGCAACAGCUCGGAGGGCCAUGGGGGCGGGGACGGGAAGGAGGCGCCGCUGGACGCCCUCAACGCCCGAGUGAAGGAGCUACUGGACUUUGCUGCCAAGUCGCAAGAUUUUGCCGAGCCCCGACAGUACCACGUGGUUCAGGGUCCACACCGGACGCGGAUCGCCAACAUCCUGACGGGACCUCACCUAGAGCUCCUGGCCGCCUUGAGGGACUGCGUCGUCUAUAUACACGAUCUCCACCAGAAGGACCUGGAAAGUGUUGGGGAUAAGCAAGAGACGUGUUGGAAGGCAGUGACAGAAACAGCUCGCAUUGGAGUGCGAGGCGGAGCGGCUGGUGUGGAGCAAGGUGGAGCGCAGCGUGCAGCAGUCGUCUCGGGAGAUGUGCGAGGUCCUACACCACAAACAGUUCUAUCUCAACACCCUCAUGCUGUGAUCUCAUUGCGGUUGCGCCACACGCGUUGGCGUGUACGUUGACGUGCGCGCACGCGCACACACACACACACACACGUUUUCACAUACAUCGGCACGUUCACAGAUGCAGGUGUUUUUUAUAUAUAUAUAUAUAGUCCACUGGAAAAACGUGCAUAGUCACAAACUGAAAACCGUGAGGUUUAUCA